AGGAAAGUGGCAUUCCUCUUCUGGGCCACAUACAGCCACCUUCUGGGAAGCUGCAGCUGAUGUGGAAGAAGGUUGCUGCUUGCGCAAGUGGGGGUCAUGCACAGCUCAACUAGUUUAGUGAAACCAAGCUAAGCACCAAGGGGAAGUUCUGAAUUCUUGGAAAAGAACAUCAGUGUAGGUUUUAGCUCCUUUGCCACUCCCUUCCUCACAGCUAUAUAAGCCAGGGGCUUGAUUUCCAUAAUCCACCACCAGCAUGGCCUGCCAAAUUUAGAAGGCCCUCAUUUAUUUUUCAGACAUGGAUGAUUGUUCUCAAUGUCCAGAAGAUCAUUAUGCAAACCAGAGAAAAGACUCCUGCAUUCCAAAGGCUAUAACUUUCUUGUCCUAUGAGGAACCUUUGGGGGUCAUUUUGGCCAGAUUUGCUCUUUCUUUUUCUUUUCUCACACUUUUCGUAUUUGGAAUAUUCAUCAAGCAUCAGGAGACUCCCAUAGUCAAAGCCAACAAUGGGAAUCUCACCUACAUACUCCUCAUUGCCCUACUGCUCUCCUUUCUUUGUGUUUUCCUGUUUAUUGGUCGACCUGACAAGCUGACCUGUCUCUUUCGACAAACUGCUUUUGGCAUCAUCUUCUCAGUGCCAGUUUCAUGUGUGUUGGCCAAAACCGUCAUCAUGGUCCUGGCAUUCAUGGCCACCAAGCCAGGGUCCAGGAUGAGGAAAUGGGUGGGGAAAAGCAUGUCAAGCUCCAUUGUUUUGUCUUGCUCUCUUAUUCAAGCCAGUAUUUGUGCUGUGUGGCUCACAACCUCUUCCCCAUUCCCAGCUUUUGACAUGAAUUCAACGGCUGACAAGAUAGUCCUGGAAUGUAAUGAAGGGUCCGUCACCAUGUUCUUCUGUGUCCUGGGCUUUAUGGGUUUCUUGGCCAUUGUCAGCUUUUGUGUGGCUUUCCUAGCCAGGACGUUACCAGAUAGUUUUAAUGAAGCCAAGUUCAUCAUCUUCAGCAUGUUGGUCUUCUGCAGUGUGUGGGUGUCCUUUGUUCCAACAUACCUGAGCGCAAAAGGACCUGCUCCCAAAUGCUAUAUUAUUGUGGUGAGGCCUGAACUGAACAACAGACAGCACCUAAUGAAAAGAAAGUUUCAAUCGUCUGAAGGGUUUACUUUGACCACCCAAACCCUGUCAUCUAUUGAAGAGACUCAUGUACUCCAAUGA